CAGUAACUAAUCACAAGCGGUUAUCAAUUCGACCACUGUUGGCCGCUAUGGACUUGUGACGUUCCACAAACAUCAGUUAUUAUAAUAACUUACGAGUUACGGUGUAUUUGUUCUGUUGAUUUUUUAGCUAACUAAUACACGAAUUUUAAAUCAAACUAGUUUGUAUUGUCUUAUUUUAGUGUGUACAAUAUACAAAUAACUUAACGCUCAGUCCAGCCACAUUCCAUUUGUUUGCAUAUCUGAAAUUUAGGGAAAAAUCAAAAUCACAACUCAAAUGUCGAACACCAAAUAUAACAUUCCAAAUGUUUGGGAGUUGUGUUUUUUAUCGGUGCCAAUCAUCGUACCGCUUGCUGUUUAUAUGUUCGAAAAAUGUUGCUCCAACAAAUAUCGUAAACUCAACUCAAAGGUCGUGUUAAUAACUGGUGCCAGUUCCGGUCUAGGUGAAACUUUAGCUCAUGAAUUUUAUUCUCAUGGCUGUGCAUUGAUUUUGACUGGCCGUAGUAACACUGAAUUAGAACGAGUCAAGAGUGAUUUGUUGAGCAGAAGUGAUGUGAAAAAUGUUAACAAACCGUGUACCCUAGUCUUGGAUCUAAUUGAUCAAGCUACAAUAGAAGGCGUCAGCCAAAAAGUGUUAGGUGUUUUCGGACGCGUUGAUAUUCUUAUUAACAAUGCUGGUAUCAGCUACAGAGGUAGAGCCGAAGUGACAACAGCUGAAGUAGACUAUCAAGUAAUGUUAGUUAAUUAUUUCGGACAAAUCGCUCUAACUAAAGCUAUAUUACCUAGUAUGAUACAUCAUAAAAGUGGCCAUAUAGUAGCAAUCAGUAGUGUUCAAGGGAAAAUAGCUAUACCAUUUAGAUCCGCUUACACCGCGUCUAAACACGCCUUGCAAGCCUUUUUCGAUACCCUGAGAGCAGAAAUUGCACGCCAUAAAGUAAAAGUAACAGUUAUAAGCCCUGGGUACAUUCAAACGAAUUUGUCAUUAAAUGCGUUGACUGGAAAUGGAUCAAAAUAUGGCAUAAUGGAUGAAUCGACAAUGGAUGGUUAUUCAGCAGAGUAUGUUGCUCAACGAAUAGUAGAAGCAGUGGUUAAUAAUGAACAAGAAAUCAUUAUAGCGCCGUUUUAUGCUCGAUUGGCAAUAGGGCUACGGUACAUUUGGCCUAGGGUUUAUUUUUGGAUCAUGAAGUGUAGGGCUGAACGGCAAGCUGGUCAAAAAAUGUAGGAUUCAAGGAUUCCCUGCCAUCAGACGGACGAGCUUCGGCCACAGCCUGUUGUCGUCGGCAUACGGGAAUCUCGCAUUUGACAUACAGCCAGGUCAGUCAGCUAGACUUUUAGAUAUUAGAAUUUAGAUGUUAUUUUUUUUAGUACUUUUAAUUUUGUAUCCUUAUCAUUAAUUCUCUUGUCAUUAGUGGUGCACAGUUUUCAAAUUUACUUGGAUGUGUGUGUUUAGUUUGAAUACUAAAAUGCUGUGUUUAUUGUUAUGACGGGUUGUCGUUAAUUUAGUAAAAUAAAUCUAUGUUGUCUUUCUGUUUAUAUUGCAUUCAAUUUAUAAUAAGCCGCUGUUAACCAAGGCAGCGAUACUAUAGUUGAAGCUUAAUGAACUGGGGAUUGGUUGCUUCACCUUCAGCUACUGUUUGGUGAUCAAAAUACAAUUUAAGUUUCUUAAAAAUUUACAGUUUUGGUUAUAGAACAAAGGCUACAACAAUCAUAUUUUUAUUAAAUUAUUAUGAAUUAUCUUUGCAAAGUAUAGCUAUAAGUAAAUUGUCCACUACAGUACAUUUUACUUUCUAAUUAAAAACAAACCGUCCAUUAUAUUUUGCUUGAGCAAAUUAGAAAUCAUUAUAUUUUUUUUACACUGUAUUAUUAAAAAUAAAGAAUAAUUUUUAGUAUAGUGAAAUACUAUUUUAAUUCCGUAAUUAAAUCCUAUUAUUGCUUACAAACUGUUGAUGUAACUUAACGUUAAAUUAAUUUGUUAUCUGUUUUUUAACAACUGAAUAUUGAUAAUUUGAAUAAAACUAAGUGUGUCAUGUUAUUGAUAUUCAAAAUAAAUAUGAUUAAGAAAUGGGACAAAAAGUUAUGCUUAUAUUAAUUUAUAUGACCAAAUUGUUAAACCUAUCUAAUUAUUGUUAUUAUUUAUAUUUUUAAUUAUUUGGGUAUAUUUUGCAAAACUAAAAUUUUUUUUAGAAUGAAAUAUACUACUUAAAAUUUUUUAUUAGGUAUUUUAUAUAAAAAUGUGUACUCACAUUUUUUUUAAAAAUAUAUUUUAAAUAUUUUAUUUUUUGUAAUUUUUAACGAUCAAGGGUUAAUGUUAUUAAUAAUUAAUGCUAAUUUUUUAAGGUGAACUUGCUAUACUUUUUUGCAUCGGUAUUUAGUUUACUACCUAUUCAAGUCAAUUACAUUAUGUUAAUUUUAUUCAUAAACUGUGCAUCACUGGCUAUGUUAGUUUAAAACAAAAAUUUACAAUCAACGCUACAAUUAGUGUAGUAUUAAACUUUUGCCUUUUAUAAUUGUAUAAGAUUGGAAACUUUUACGACACCAUAGGAUUAGAUGAAUGUGUGUUUUAGUCUACUUUAUAUUUAAAAUUUUAAAAAAAUAUUGACAUUUUUUCCAUCCAUUUUUUAGUACAACAAUUAAUUUUUUUUAACAAUAAUCAAUCAUAAAUUUAUAAUGAUCUCUUUUCUUUUUUUGAUAAUAAUAAUUGUUUACUAUUAUUUAUAUAUUUAUUCGUUGCUUGAUAUAUAUUUUUAUGGUGCUUGUUACACAUUUUGUGUUACUUUUUAUCACAUUUAUGACAAUAUUUAUAUAUGAUCUUUUACCACGUAAUUUUGAAUUAUCACUAAAAUUAUAUUAUUUACAUACAAUGAUUUAAAUAACCUUGGCGUAUCGACAAUUACAUUUUAGUAACCUUGUAUAGCUCAUUUAAUAUUAGUAGAUCUGACUUGUGUCAAUUAUUUAUGUAUACUUAAUAGUGAGUUGUUAAUAUUAUAGUUUAAACCUUAACCUGUUUACUGUUAAAACAAAUUGUUUUAUUUUAUAAUCAUUUUAUUCUAGUCUGUUUAUACUAGUUUUUUAUUUUUAGUCUGUAAUAAUAAAAUUACAACUAUUUAAUGUUACAAUGGUAGACAAAUAAAAGUUAAGUACCUAUUAGUCAAAUACUUAUAACAAUAGACAUUUUAGAGAUUUAUAGUUGUUAUUUUUUAUUUAUACUUUUUUAUAGUAUGUUAAGUAAGAAACCCAAAUGUUAUGUAGAAUCAUUCGAAUCUGAGACUAGGAAAAGAUGCCAUAGUUCAAAAUGUUAUUGUUGUGCUUAACGUAUCUUAAGAUUUAUUUGUUUAAUUUUUCUUAUAAUUUAUUAUGAUAUUUUGUGAUAAUACCCAAAUAUUAUGUUUUGCCUAAGUAGAUAAUGUACAAUUUUUUUUUACUAAGCACAAAGUACCAAUGUAAUUAAAUGUAAUGUCCAUGCACUCAACGUAAAAAAAAAACUCAUUUUUAGAAAAAUAAUGUUUUAUUUAAAAACUACACAAGACACAAAUUUGAAUAAAAUAUAAGAUGCAUCUUAUUUAAAUUAUAACAUUUUCUUCAGAUUUUUUGUCUCUUUAAUAGUUAUUUUACUACUUGCAAACAAGGAGGUUUAACAAUAAAUCACAUUCAAAAUUGAAGAUUGUAAAACCUAAAUAAAUAUACUUUAAAUUUUCAGUCUAUCAAAUAAUGGUAUCUACAAAUUAUUAAUUUGUCUGUAAAUAGAAAAAAUUUUACAGACAAUGGAAUUCGUAAAUUUUAUAAUUUAAACAAUGGUAGGAUACGUUGCUGAUAUUAAAAAAAAUAUUGAUCAUUAUAAUACUAUUAUCAAAACAGUAUGGGAAUUUUAUAUGCAUUUUACAAGUGCGACUUAAUUUGGCAUGCUACAUUCGACUUAAAUCUCUAGGAUCUUUAUUAAUAGAAAAUAGAAUUAUAUGUAUAAUGAGAAUGGUCAUUUAAUAUACUGACAAUUAUUGCCUUUAAAAUAAAAACAAUUAACUAAACAAAUUAAUUGUUCUGUUACUUUCAUUUGAACAUUAUAUGUAAUACAUUUAUGAAUAUUGAAAUUUCGAACACAAAAUUAAACAAAAUACAUAAAAUUUGUUAUUCUUAACAUUUAAAUUUAAAUUGACACACAAUUAUUCUCUUCAUUUGACAAAACCAAUACAUAUACCUUUUUAUUUUAAUGGCAACAGCAUGGUCAAAUGUUAGUAAUUUAUUAAAUUAAUUAAUUAAUAAAUGUGUAGAUUUUUUUAAACUACAAAAAUAAAAUUCUGGCUAAUUUAAAAACUUAAUUUAGAUGUUUGAGAAGUAUCAGUUUGCUCAUCCGUUACCAUCAAGUGUAAGAAAUGUUCGCAACAACUAUUUUUGUUUGUUAUAACAAAUAUACAUUUAUGAAUUCACAAUAAAAUGAUAACAAUGA